AUGCCCUCGUUUCUCAGCCGCCUUGUGAGCUUGAUUCGCAUAUGGUCUCUAAAAGCCGCCGUGAGCGCUCUUCUCAUUGUCUGGCGUGCAGUCGAGCCUCCUUCGGCACACUGCGCCCCGACUCUGGUCAAGACUUAUCAUGUCAGGCCGAAGCUGCGCAAUCGCAUUCACAUUCCACGGGCAUAUGAGUCGCACCGGGCACCUCUUCCCCUUUAUCUCAAUAUACAUGGCGGCGGCUGGACCCUCAUGGAAGCCUUGGAUGAUGACGAAUUCUGCUCGUACAUUGCCAAUACAUUCAACGUCGUCGUUGUGAACAUUGACUACCACAAGGCACCUCGGAACCCGUUCCCUGGGCCCAUCAACGACGUGGUAGCCAUUGCAGGUGCAGCUAUAGCUGAUGAGGAGCUUCCAAUAGACCGUAGGCGCAUCGCUAUGGGUGGCUUCUCAGCUGGAGGCAACCUCGCCUUGGCCGCGUCCCAGAGAGCCGAACUGCAUGAUGUCAUCCAGGCGGUGGUCUCGUUCUUUGCCCCCUUGGACAUGGCGACGCCUGUUUCACGUAAGCUCGAAACCAGGCUACGAUCAGAUAAGCCAGACAUGUUGGCCGGCAUUCUGGGUAUUUUCAAUGAAGCAUACAUGACUCCUGGCACCAACCCCACCAACCCUCUGCUCUCACCGAUAUAUGCCAAGAGAGAUGCACUGGCUGCUUGGCUGUGCGUCAUUGGCGCCGAAGAAGACUGUCUGUGCCUCGAAAGUCGGGAUUUCGCAGAGAAGAUGGCAUUAUCUCCGGAUAAUGAGGGCAAGUCUGAGAGUGAUACCUGGGAGAGGGGAAAAGUCAAAUGGGAACUGAUGAGAGGGAUGGCACAUAACUUCACACACCUCAGAAAGCGGGCUCCGAGCGCGGAGAUCAGAAGGAAAGAGGCCAACGUGGCACUCUAUGGUAGAAUCUUUGCGUGGCUCCAUUCAGGGCCCUGGUCGUAG